AUGGCGUCCGGUAUUUUCACAAGUUCUUGGAGUUUCUUCUACCUUCGUUUGCAAAGAGGUCUUUCUCCUUCUUUAUUUCAUACCCGUCGCAUCCACUGCUUCCCUUCUCGUUUUUCGUCUCGUUCUUCUUCUCGUUCUUCUUCUUGUUCUUCCGUUCCGAAACCUGAACACUCUCAGCCUUCCUCAGACCUUGAUGAUGCUCUGGCUUCUUUUAAUCACUUCAUUCAUAUGCGUCCUCUGCCUCCUAGAUUUGCGUUCAAUAGGAUUUUAUCUGCUCUUAUGAGAAUGAAUCAACAUCCCAUGAUCUUUCCCUUGUCCAGAAAAAUUGACUCUCUAGGAAGCUCACCCGAUUUUUAUUCUCUUACCAUCUUGAUUAAAUCAUUCUGUCGCCUACACCAUGUCAAUUUUGCCCUUUCCGUCUUGGGUAAAAUGUUGAAAUCUGGAUUUAAUCCCGACAUGUUUACAUUUAAUACCUUAAUCAAUGGAUUCUGUAUGGAAGGAAAAAUCGAGAGAGCAGUAGAAUUUUUCAGUGAACUGAUUGCGGGAGGUUAUCAACCUGAUGUUUGUUCUUACAAUACGGUGAUAAGCAGUGCAUGUAAACUUGGGGAAAAAGAUUUGGCUGCUGGGUUGCUGAAGCAAAUGGCAGAGAGGGGUUGCGAGCCAAAUUUGGUGACUUACACUGCAAUAAUCGGUGCCUUUUGCAGGGAUAAGUUAGUAGAUGAAGCUUUGGACAUGUUACGUCAAAUGAGGAUUAGAGGCAUUUCCCCUGACGUUGUCACUUACACAUGCUUAAUUGAUGGUCUUUGCAAAGUAGACAAAUGGAAUCAAGCCGUGGACCUGUUCAAACAAAUGGAGAGUCAAAAUAUAUCGCCAACCGUUGUUACCUUCAAUAUAUUGAUUGACACUCUUUUCAAGAAAGGAAUGACUUCAGAUGCUGAACGUAUGAUCAAGAUGAUGCUUCACCGUGGUAUUCAGCCUAGUGUUGUCACUUGUUGUUCAAUGAUGGACGGAUAUUGUGAACGUCGCCAAAUGGACAAAGCUAGGGAAGUAUUUGAUUUGAUGGUAAGAACUGGCGUAGCUAAUGCCUUUAGCUACAAUAUCUUGAUUAAUGGUUACUGCAAGAGCAAAAAAAUAGAUGAGGCAACAAAAGUUUUUGAUGAAAUGCCUCAAAAAGGGAGGCAUCAGACUGCACGAAAGGUUUUCAAUGACAUGCUUUCUCAUGGUCAGCAGCCAAGUAUAGUAACUUUCUCAGUAAUGCUUGAUGGCUUGUGCAGGAUUGGGGAGCUUCUUGAGGCAAUAAGACUAUUUAAAACAAUGGAGAACAGUCCAGUGAAGCCUAACUGUGUGAUCUAUACCAUUUUGAUUGAUGGUAUGCUCAGAGCUGGGAAAUUUAAUGAUGCCAAAAGACUGCUUGCUAGGCUUUUUGUAAUUGGAUUGACGCCUGAUGCUUUCACAUAUAGUACAAUAAUAAAAGGAUUGUGCAAGGAAGGAUUAUUAAAUUACGCAUACAAGAUUUUUAGACGAAUGGAAGACAGUGGAUGUCCACCGGAUGACUGCUGUUACAAUGUCAUCAUUCAAGGGUUUCUCAGGCAUGAAGACGAAGCAAAAGCUUCAGAACUUAUUCAGGAAAUGAUUGAUAGGGGAUUUUAUGCAGAUGCCACCACCAUAGAAUUGGUAAUCCUUUUCUCGCGCUUUGACGAUUCCAUUCUGAGGAAACUAAGAAAUCCUUAUGAAGAUUUUGAAGGUGUAGAUGUUAAGUGGGAUUUCAACAUUCAACGCUGA